AUGGUACUUCUGACAUGGGAUUUUGAGUGGCAACCUUAUUUUGUCAGGAGGUAUCGAGACAGAACUCUUAGCUUGAUCCAACUCAUCUUCAUCCGGUAUCCGUUUCUCAACCCCUUCAGUUUGAACAGUCUCCUCAUCACUUGGUUUACACUCUCCAUCAUCGACCUUCAACAACGAGCAUGGAGGCACCAGUUCAUCAACAGACUGGUCUUGAUUCAGUUCUUCCUUGGCACCAACCUUCAACAACGAGCAUGGAGACACCAAUUCAUCGACAGAUUGUUCUUGAUUCAGUUCUCCCUUGGCAAUCGCCUCACCAUCGGUCUCGGGUUCUGGCCCAGUUGUCUCAGGAGGAGGUGUUGGAACGCGAGGAAGGAUGGAACGUGCCUCCAUGAUGAGGCGUUUAAUCCCCACCAUCCAUUGACUUACCUAGUGAAGGAAGAAGACAGUUGCACACGUCAAUCUUAUGAAUGUUCCCCAGGUGACACAGUUUGUCAACGAGACACUGAGAAAGAUAUGCAAGGCAUAGAGGCCAUCAAGUCCAUUCACAGACAGAUUGAUGACGACCACAACGGCAAUGUGGAUCUCUCGGAAAGCGAUGAGUUCCUGCGAGACGAGCUCCAGUACAAAACGGACUUUGAGCGCCAGCACACUCUCCAUGGUGAAGAUAAAUUCAUCAGCGUUGAUGACCUGUGGAUGUCAUGGAAAUACUCUGAAGUUUACAACUGGACUGUGGAGCAGACAGUGGCCUGGCUGACAGACUUUGUGGAUCUACCUCAGUAUGCGGACACCUUCAAGAAGAAUGCCAUCGAGGGCUCAGCAAUCCCAAGGCUGGCUAUCAACAGUGCCCAGUUCCUGACCUCCAUUCUAGGAAUCAUAGACCCCAUACACAGACAGAAGAUCUCCCUUAAAGCAAUGGAUGUUGUUCUAUUCGGCCCGCCAAAACCUACCCAUAGCUACCUGAAAGACACCACACUAUUAGUCUCACUAGUGGUAGCCAUCGGUGGAUGUUGGUUUGCUUACGUCCAGCACCGCUACUCAAAGCAACAUAUCAAACAGAUGCUACAAGACAUGGAAGGACUCCAGAAAGCUGAAGAUGCUCUCAGCGAAGUCCAAGAAAAAUUAGAGAGAGCCCAAGAAGAGCACAAGACAGCAGUCCAGGAGAAGCAGUCGAUAGAAGCCAAGCUAACCGAUGAGAUAUCCAGAGCUAUACAAGAAGCUGAGAGACUACAAGAAGCAAGGCAUUCUGAUGGAGGGGGUAGUCAUAGCGUCACUGAGCUGGAGGAGAAACUCAGGCUGGCUGAGGAGGAACUAACGCAAUUACGAAAUGCCCUACAAGAAGCAGAGAGGCAGUUAGACUCAGGAAGUAUCUGGCGCCCACCAGUCGUCUUACAGCAAUGGUUACAGCUCACAUAUGAAAUAGAAAAGAAAUACUACGCCUUCAAGAGGUCUGCUGCUGAUAAACAGCUCCGAGAAGCCAAAGAUGUGGUGGAAAAGAUAAGAAAAAGGAGAGGUACAUUUAUGGGAUCUUUUCGGCUUGCUCAUGGCAAUGUACUGGAUGAUGUCGAUACAAGAAUAAUCAAUGCAAGAUCUGCCUUAUCGGAAGUCACAACGGAGCUCAAGGAGCGACUACAUCGCUGGGCGAUGGUAGAAACGCUAUGUGAUUGUCAGAUUGUCAAUAACCCUGGCAUCCAUUAUUUAGUGUCAACGUUAGGCGUCACAAUAUCGGACGCUUCAUCCACAAAAUCAGUGAGGAGUGCCCUGGCGUUAGGAGGUUCUAUCGGCACAGCUAUGGUGGUGGGUAGCAUUGCCCAUGUAGAAGCCAAUGCAUCUAUGGGUCUGGAUGAAUGUGAUGAGGAUAUGCCACCUCCACCUACAUACAAUGCAACAGUCACAAGUAACCCCCUGACGAACCAGUCCCAGCACUCCUCUAGCACUAUGUCGCUUUCCAUCGAGAGUAUGAAGAAAUCAAGGAGUACCAACAACAUCACAAGCUACGGCUCCUCACAGAGUCUUAGCUCCUCUGGCACAUCGGCUAAAGGCAGGAAUCCCUCACCAAGGAAUAGCGUUCAUCUCAACGACCAAGUCAGUAAUUUGUCAUCACUGAGUGGCACCACAGAGCGUCCUGUAAACAACAGCCAGAGUAACAAUAACUCUCCCAGACCCCAGACACUGCACAUCUCACGGUCAGAGGCCGCCCUAGCUAGCAUGACGGAAAACAGUAAAAAGAUCUUCGAAUCUCCAAAGGGGAACGAUGCACGCAAGUCAAAAAAAGAAUCCAAGAAGUUGAGUUUGGGUCAUCAAGACGGCGACACGGAUAGCCUGGAACAGGAGGAGGAGAAAAAGAAGAAGAAGCGAUUAAGAAUUCCAGGUCUGUCCAGUAGUAAAGUAGAGAAGAUUAAAACCUGUUAAAUUGCCAGCACCUUAACUAUGUACAAAAGAAAGGAAGAACGAUAAUAAGCUUUAAAAGAUGCCUUCAUGUGACGACACUUUGUAGGGGAAAAUGCAUCCUGCUACACAUAUUUGCGUGAGAGCAAAACAGUUGGUCACAAGUAAAAACUUUUGCCUCAGUAAUUGAUGAUGGGUCUUCAUUGGAACUACCUGGAAGCAUUUGUUGUAAAUGUGCGUGUGAACUCAGGCCCGUAUGCUCCUUUUUGCAAGGGCACCAAGGAAAUUGUAAAUUUCUACUGUCCAGAGCAUUUCAAGAGCACCAAGGCAAUGACCAUGGGGCAUUGAGACAGUUGCCUUUGUUUCCUCCAUGAAGUAUUAGACCUGUGUACUGCUUGUUGUUAGGCGAGCUGAGUUCUGCAGGAUUUGUGCUAUUAUCUUUGGAUUAUGUUAUAGACCCGACAAGGAUAGUGUUCUGAAGGGGCAUACAUCUUUUGCUAAUUGCCGUUUACCAUGUUUAAGAGGCAACCGUGAGUGGUUGGUUCACAGAGAAAAGUGUGCAUCCUGUCUGCUGUUUCAUUCGUUGGAAUUGUGCGCGUGAACUGCUUCGGCAAGCUGAGAUCUGCAGGACUUGUGCUGUUUUCUUUGAAUGUAAACAACCCGACAAGAGUUUGUGUUGUGAAGGGGUAACGAUUUUGGCUUAUUGCCAUUUACCAUGUUUACAAGGCAAUCUUGAGUGAUCGGUUCAGAGGAAGUGUGCAUUCUUUUCGCCUUCGGUUUGUUUGAUGGUGUUGUGUAAAGUUACACAAAAACCCUGACACGUAGAACCCUGCUAAACCGCAGCAUAUUGCUGGUUGGUUAUUAACAAUGCAGAACUGUCACAUGCUGAACAUUCAACUUGACUGCACUGCCAGUUUUUUAUAUACACGUACAACGUUGAAAGCAGCGCCAUGAAAUGGGGCUGUAGUGUGUCAUAGAAAUACAUAGGGCAGAGAGAUCGCCAUGGAAACGAGAUGCUGGAAUCAAACAGUGGUUUCAAACAAGAGCAAGUUGGAGUGCGCACAUUAUGUCGACUACUGACCAGCAACAUAUGCGCAUUGACGCACUCACUAAAACGACUUGUUUAGAAGCCAAGUCUAACCAUCGGUACCAUGAUAUUCAACGCUCCAUUGCCAUCCGCAUUUUUGCUACAGGUCACUGGUUCCCCUCUGCGCUUUACACAUGUUAGCGUAGAACAGGCUAUCAGGACCAGUGAAGAAACCAUGGUCAUGAGGCUGGUUCCAAAUUGUCGACCACAGUAGUCGACCAAUGGUCUACUAGCCUGGGUUUGAGUCUAAAUAGUCUACCUUUGGUUAAAGAAACCUUGGGCUCGAGGCUGGUUCAAACUGGUCGACCACAGUAGUCAACCAAUGGUCUACUAGCCUGGGUU